GGCGUCCGUAUCAGUCUUUCAAAUUUCAUCACGAAACUAUGUCACAGGCUAAAACAAAGCAGUCGUUUCGGUCGUUUAUAUGGGAUAACGACACGCACCUCAAGUCUGUUGAAGAGCGAAAGCUUCUGCGGAAGCUUGAUGCUGCUAUUCUCAGCAUUGGAUGCUUAGGCUUUUUCCUGAAAUAUCUUGACCAAAACAAUCUUACAAAUGCCUAUGUUAGUGGUAUGCAGGAGGACCUCAAGAUGUUCGGCAAUCAAUACACCUAUGCUGGAACCUUUUAUACCUGCGCAUAUGCUAUUAUGCAAAUACCAUCGACUCUCAUCAUCCAAAAAGUCCGACCGAGCUAUUGGCUAGGGCUCAUGGAAAUUGGCUGGGGAACUUUUACUUUUGCACAAGCUGGAAUGCACAGUGUUCCUCAGCUGUACGCAUUUCGCUUUCUAGUCGGGCUUUUCGAGAGUUCAUUUUUCCCAUGCAUGCUCUUUAUACUCGGCUCGUGGUAUACCAAGACUGAGCUCGCAAAGCGUAUUGCUAUAUUUCACAUGACUGCACCUCUUGGAACAGCGUUUAGCGGUUACCUACAAGCUGCUGUUUACACCAAUCUUAACGGACGCCAUGGGCUUGCGGGCUGGCGAUGGCUAUAUAUUGUGUGUGGGAUCAUGACUCUUCCCGUCGGGUUCGCAACAAUUUUUCUUCUCCCGGACACACCGCAUAACACGCGAGCCUGGUACUUAACAGAAAAUGAGUGCACGCUUGCAAUUGAGCGAGUUGAAAAGGCCGGAAAGGCAGCUCCCGUACCAAUAACAUGGGCCAAAAUUAGACGCAUGUUCACUAGAUGGAGUAUGUCAGGCGAAAAUCGACGACUUAAUUGUCAAUUGGUUAGCCACCAACCCCAUUGUCCCUCUUUCUUUCGUUCUUUCUGUUCUUCUCCGGCUUUUUGUUAGCCACCCAGUCAUCCUCCCGCCUGCCUUUUUCUUUUCCAACUCUAUUUUAUUGGCUAGUUACCUCGGUGGAAAAACCGUUGUAAUUAUGUCAUCGCUCUUUCCACUUGUGGAGACGUUGUUGGAGCUUCUUGUUCUGACUGUCUGGACUUAUUUGAGCAACCAGAAGUGGAAGAAUUCGGUCUCCCGACCAUAUGUGAUCAGACUGCUGAUAGUUUCCAUAGGGUGGUAUGCGCUCGUAUUAGGCUAUAUUCUGUACGGGACAAGUUGUGCAGCAAGUAGCUAUUUUGCUAUUUGGCUCAAAUCUGAGAAGUUCUCAGUUACCUCGCGGAACGUUAUCCCAUCAGGUGCUAGUUUGAUAUCCGCUUUCUGUGUCAUUCUAUGGGGUUUUGGUGCAGACUACUCUGGCAGCCGGUUUGCAUUUGUGAUUGGACCAUUAAGUUAUGGGUUGAUUCCUAAUGGUAUUCUUGCUGUUUGGCCGAAAAGCGUGAAGCUAAAGGAGUUUGCUUUUCUCACGGACGGUGUUCAAAUAAUGACUGCAGUCUUUUAUGCAUGGGCAAAUGAGAUAUGUGCAGGAGAUAGUGAAGAGAGAGCUAUUGUUAUAAGCAGUAUGAAUGGCUUGCAAUACGCUGUGGCAGCCUGGCUUCCCAUUGUCAUUUUUCCGCAGACCGAAGCACCCACAUUUCGUCGUGGCUUCCCAGCUACAUUUGGAUUUGUCAUCGCGGCUCUCCUCGCCAUCUUACUUAUCCAGUUUCUUCACAAGCGCGAGUUGAAGCAACAAACAAAAUUGAACCACGAAGAUUCUGAAGCAAUAAAUCAUGAAGAGGUUUUCUAUGUCGAGAAUGAGCCGACUAAGGGGGUUGAGGGCGAUGGGUUUCGAGAAUUGGCAACAGCUGCGGCUGUUGCUUCCCACUAGAUUGCGAUGGGGGACCGGAGGUGUAGACUGGCGGCACACUCUCUAUUUAGUUAGGAUGAUGCAGUAAGAACUUGAAGAUAAAUACA